GAGUAAUGAAAGUGAGAAAAAAACAGAGAGAGAGAGAGAGGCAGAUGACAGUUUCAUUACAAGUAUUAGAAAGAAGAAACCGACACCAUUUGUGGGACCCAUAAGCCUGAUUCUCCUUCCUACAUGACAUCAUUUGUGUUGAAGAAGGAAGAAGAAGAGAAGAUAACGAUCCUCUCCCUGGCCAAUAGAAAGUACUGAAGAAGAAGAAGACAUUAGACAUGGGGGACUCCUUCUGCCCGGAGUGCAAGCGGGCCACGGAGGUGGUCUUCGACCACUCGGCGGGGGACACCGUGUGCUCCGAGUGCGGCCUCGUGCUCGAGGCCCACUCCAUAGACGAGACGUCCGAGUGGCGGACAUUCGCCAACAAGUCGGGCGACAACGACCCGGUUCGGGUCGGCGGGCCCUCUAAUCCGCUACUGGCCGACGGUGGACUCUCCACCGUGAUUUCCAGGCCCAAUGGGGGGUCCGGGGACUACUUGUCGUCAUCCUUGGGCCGCUGGCAGAACCGCGGCUCCAACCCGGACCGUUCGCUCAUUCAGGCUUUCAAGGCCAUUGCCACCAUGUCUGACAGGUUGGGCCUUGUUGCAACCAUAAAGGAUCGAGCAAAUGAAAUAUAUAAGAAAGUAGAAGAUCAAAAACCUCUCAGAGGACGAAAUCAGGAUGCAAUUUUGGCUGCUUGCCUCUAUAUUGCUUGUCGUCAAGAAGACAAGCCCCGCACUGUGAAAGAAAUUUGUUCUGUUGCUAAUGGAGCCACAAAAAAGGAAAUUGGCCGCGCAAAAGAGUAUAUUGUGAAACAACUAGAAGUAGAGAUGGGUCAGUCCAUGGAAAUGGGAACCAUACAUGCUGGGGACUUUCUGAGACGUUUUUGCUCCCAUCUUGGCAUGAGUAAUCAAGCAGUCAAGGCUGCUCAUGAAGCCGUACAGAAAUCUGAAGAGCUUGAUAUAAGGAGGAGCCCAAUAUCAAUUGCAGCAGCUAUAAUUUACAUGAUAACUCAGCUAUCGGAAGACAAGAAACUUCUCAAAGGUGCAGACGUAUCUCUUGCCACCGGGGUGGCUGAGGGGACGAUCAGGAAUUCUUACAAGGACCUUUAUCCCCACGCUGCGAGGCUAAUACCAAGUUGGUAUGCCAAGGAGGAAGACCUCAAGAACCUCUGUAGCCCUUAAGAAUAUAUAACAACAGUCGCAUGUUUUGCAGCAUUUUUUAGUUAGAUGCUGCUUCUGUUGUUUUGGACAUGGAAGAACUUUUACUUUCUUUCUGAAACUUUCUUUCUGAAACUUUCUUUCUGUUCCUUCUAGAUUAUCUGGCUUCUAACGUGUAUUUCUGAGUUACUUAGUCUCACUCAAAUUAGGUGCCAAGCCAACCAAUGAAGUGCUUUCAUCUGAUGUGCCAAGAUCCAUUUUCUUUUGUGUUUUAGGACUUUGGGGGGUGAGCAUGAAACACUUGAAUCUUAAAGGUUGGGUUGUGAAGCUAAUCUUGUAAUUUGGUGGAAGGGAAAAGCUUAGAGCUUAGAGAGAGUUAAGUAAUGCUGAAAAUUACAUUUUUGUCCUACAACUAUCCUGUAAUUAUCCAAAGAUUGAUUGGGAUUGUCACAUAACUACUCUUUCUCCUUUUCUUGUAAUUUGAUGGGUGGGCGAAAAUUUGGAGACUCUUGUACGUAGUAUAAUCAAUGCGAUGUUGCACAUUAAGAGCCACUUUAAACGGCUUUAAAUUUUGUUUCA